AUGGAGGUCCUGUACCUGGGUCAAGGGGGUACAGAUGUGGGCAUCAGGCUCCUCACACUGGAAGGGACACCUCUGGUGCCAACCUGGACAGUGAGGAGCCCGAGAAUAACACUGGAUGCCUCUCUGUCCAUGGAUGGAGGUUUUGAUGGCUGCAUUGCCUACCUGAAGUAUGGUGAAGAAAGUCUUCCUUUCACAGGCAAGCAUAGUCUGGCUACCAUCUCCAGAACAGAUCCAUCUGUGAAGAUCGGCUGCCGAGGGCCAAACAUUUGUGCAAGCAACCCCUGUUGGGGAGAGUUGAUGUGCAUUAACCAGUGGUAUACAUAUAAAUGUGUGCCUCCAGGAGCCUGUGCCUCCAACCCUUGUCAGAAUGGCGGUAGUUGUGAACCUGAAGAUAGAGUUGGAUUCACUUGCAGCUGCCCUGAAUCAUACACUGGAAGAACAUGUGAGACAGCGGUGGCCUGUCUUGGUAUUUUGUGUGCCCAGGGACAUGUAUGCAAAGGAGGAAUGAAUGGAGCCCAUAUAUGUGUCCCUCAGCCUUACCCAGCUGAGCUGUCGUUGCCACUAUGGGCUGUUCCAGCCAUUGUUGGCAGCUGUGCUACUGUGUUGGCCUUGCUUGUGCUUAGCCUGAUCUUGUGCAAUCAGUGCAAGGGAAAGAAAGCAAAAGUGCCAAAAGAGGAGAAGAAAACAAAGGAAAAGAAAAAGAAGGGCAGCGAGAAUGAUGCUUUUGAUGACCCUGACAAUAUACCUCCCUAUGGUGAUGAUAUGACAAUCAGGAAACAGCCUGAAGGAAACCCUAAGCCUGACAUAAUUGAAAGAGAAAACCCUUACCUCAUCUUUGAUGAAACAGACAUACCACACAAUACAGAGACAAUACCCAGUGCCCCUCUAGCUUCCCCUGAACCAGAAAUAGAACACUAUGACAUUGACAAUGCAAGCAGCAUAGCUCCUUCAGAUGCAGACAUUGUUCAGCACUAUAAGCAGUUCCGAAGCCACACUCCCAAAUUCUCCAUUCAGAGGCAUAGUCCAUUAGGGUUUGCAAGACAGUCCCCUAUGCCCUUGGGAGCAAGCAGUUUGACGUAUCAGCCUUCAUACAGUCAAGGUCUAAGAACAACUUCCCUAAGCCAUUCUGCAUGCCCUACGCCCAACCAUCUUUCUCGUCACAGUCCAGCUCCAUUUUCCAAAUCAUCAACUUUCUACAGAAACAGUCCAGCAAGGGAAAUGCAUCUUUCAAUGCGUGAAGGGAGCCCUUUGGAAAUGCAUAAUGAUGUCUGCCAAACAGGCAUUUUUAACUAUCCUACUAGACUAGGGAGAAGAAGCAAGAGUCCUCAAAUGAUGGCAGCUCAUAGUUCCAGGCCAGGAAGUCGCCUAAAGCAACCAAUUGGACAGAUUGCUCUCGAGAGUGGUCCUCCUGUUGGACUUUCCAUUGAAGAGGUAGAGAGGCUAAACACACCACGUCCUAGAAACCCAAGCAUCUGCAGUGCUGACCAUGGAAGGUCUUCUUCUGAGGAGGACUGCAGAAGGCCACUUUCAAGAACAAGAAAUCCAGCUGAUGGUAUUCCAGCUCCAGAAUCAUCAUCUGACAGUGAUUCCCAUGAUUCUUUUACAUGUUCUGAGAUGGAGUAUGAUAGGGACAAACCUAUGGUAUAUACUUCCAGGAUGCCUAAAUUAUCUCAAGUUAAUGAAUCAGAUGCAGAUGAUGAAGACAAUUUUGGUGCUAGGCUCAAGCCUAGGAGAUACCCUGGCCGCAGAGGAGAGGGUGGUGGGCCUGUUGGUGCACAAGCAACUGCACCUAGUACUAAUGACAAUACAUCACCUUUAAAACUUGGACAGCAAGGAGGCAACUUUGACUGGGAUAAUCUUUUGAACUGGGGCCCAGGAUUUGGGCAUUAUGUUGAUGUUUUUAAAGAUUUGGCAUCUCUUCCAGAAAAGAUAGGAGCAAAUAUAAAUGAAGAGAGCAAAAGUGGUACAACACAACCAAAAGAUGGAGAAGCAGAACAGUAUGUAUAG